AUGGAACAACCCAAUAGGCCUCAUCGCCCGGCAUCGUUGGAGCUACUGGCGCCCGAGAUACUGCUGCAAAUCGUCACUCAACUACCUGGUCUCGACACGCUCUGGAAUCUCAUGAGGGCAUCGCCUCAGACAUGGCGCUUAUUUGAUCAGUAUGCUCUGCUUAUUACCGAAGGCAUUCUCUCUGGACCAAAUUGUGUACUGUCCUCACGCAUGACAGAACUCGUAAGAGCAGUCAUCCUUUUACGUUCUGGGGUUCUUCCAUUUCGAGACAUGCAAGACGUCCAAGAUGGCUUCAUGCUACGCCAGUUAACUUGGAAGGUUCAUCCCGAAUUACGGGUUUCAAUCAGCCCAGAACUACUCGCAACCUCCAGCGUGCCAGUAACAACCCUUCGAUCAGUCGUUGCAACCGCAUACCAUCUCUCUUCUCUAGCACAGGCAUGCUUGGAAUCAUGCCUAGCGCGAAUAAGAGAUCCAAGCUUCAGGCCAAUGCACGCUUUUGACCCACCUCCUCGAUACUUGGGAUCCUAUAUGCACAAUGGCCAGGCAGACGAUGACGCCAAACCGGAGGAUCGCAUUUUUGUUGGUACCCCCAUCCAGGUGGUUGAUGCAGGAGAGCCUAGCUGGAUCGAAGAAAUGCGAGCACUGCGCGCCAUGUGGGUUAUACAGUUUGUUGGCGAAUUGCAAUGCCUAGUUGGAGACAGAUCAGGAACGAUAAGCUGGCCAGAAGAAGAUGUAAAGAUGCUCAGCAACAUGGACGCGGUAGACUUGGCGAAUGAAUGUACCCCCCCUUAUCCAGCAGAAGAGAUAAACACUGCGAGACUAUAUUUAAAAACCCUCGGGGGUACGGCCGAGGACGUGUACUACCGACUACCCCGAGCGCCUUCAGCAACUAUAAGUGCCAGACGGACAAUGACUUCUCCAAAGCCAAACGAGAAGGCACUAACUGUAUAUGGAUUUCGCCGUGAUAACGAGAUCCAUGCAUUGACAAAGGGUUCUCCAGUGCCUGAAGAUGGUGAACCAAUGCUUAGCAGCCCCUGGCAAUGGGGCCAAACUGAGAGCGGCAUGGGCAGCCCAAGUCCUGGUGUGCGCUUCUUCAGGAUGUAUCUGACGGCCGGCAAGCAAAUAAUGGUCUCGCCCCUCAACGGAGUCAAAUUUGACUCUUUUCGUCCAAUGGGCCUUGCCUUUUGGGAUCGAUGGAGGAUGUAUCUGCUAGGAUUGAUGGGGUCAGGGGUAGAAGGAUGGACAGUGAAUGGAAAGCGGUAUUUGCCGUACUUUUUUUACUUGGCCUGGGAAAGCAUUUUGCCUCCCGAAGAGGUUGCUAGUGUAAAGGCCGCUAUGAGGGAGAAGAGAAGACUUGUAGCUCAAAAUACGCAAUAG